AUGCCUCAAAGGCUCUUCACCACAAGAGCUGAAGUGACAUAUAUGCCUCUUAAGAAGCAAAGCAGCAUACCUGUUUUUCCUGAACUGACAAAAGCUGGGAUUUCGCUCACCGAUUUACGCGUCAAAGAAGUUGUUCAAAAGCAGUCUCAGACCCAUAAAAGCUUCGUGAGAGAAAACGAUCAUGCUCGGAGAAAGCCAGACUUCCAUCCUGACUUUCUUGAAGAAGCAUAUGAGAGGUGCAGAAAUAUAUGUGCAGAGUAUGCCAAGACUUUCUAUCUAGGCACCUUGCUAAUGACAGAGGAAAGAAGAAGAGCCAUUUGGGCAAUUUAUGUUUGGUGUAGGAGGACAGAUGAACUUGUUGAUGGUCCCAAUGCUGUUUACAUGAGCUCUGAAGUUCUUGAGAGAUGGGAAGAGAGACUUCAAGACAUCUUCAACGGACGCCCUUAUGACAUGCUUGAUGCUGCACUCACAGACACUGUUUUCAAGUUCCCCUUAGACAUGAAGCCUUUCCAGGACAUGAUAGAAGGAAUGAGAAUGGACACCAGAAAGUGUCGGUAUGCGAACUUCCAAGAGCUCUAUCUUUACUGCUACAAUGUGGCAGGAACUGUAGGCCUAAUGAGUGUUCCUAUAAUGGGAAUCUCACCGGAGUCUUUGAUGUCCGUCAAACGCGUAUAUGAUUCCGCACUCUACUUGGGUAUUGGCAACCAGUUAACAAAUAUACUUCGAGAUGUGGGAGAAGAUGCCAUGAGAGGGAGAGUUUAUCUUCCUCAAGACGAGCUCGCACAAUUUGGAUUAUCCGACAAGGAUGUUUUCUCAAGGAAGGUCACUAACAGAUGGAGAGACUUCAUGAGAGAACAGAUAACAAGAGCAAGGUUCUAUUUCAACCUAGCAGAAGAAGGAGCUUCUCAGCUCGACAAAGCAAGCCGUUGGCCGGUAUGGUCCUCGUUACUACUAUACCGCGAAAUUUUGGAUGCAAUCGAGGAAAACGAUUACGAUAACUUUUCAAAGAGAGCAUGUGUAGGGAGAACGAAGAAACUUCUGAUGUUGCCUCUGGCUUACACAAGAUCUCUACCAUCACCUAGCAUGGCAUUUCAUUAA